AAUGCCAUUCUUUGGCUGGAUGAAAUGGCCAAAAAACUAUUCCUAUAAGACCGGACAGUACCCUGGCUCAGAAGUUGUGACCAAGACCCUCCUGAGGGAACUGAAAUGGCACCUCAAGGAACGCGAGCGCCUGAUACAGGAGAUAGAAAAUGAACAAAAAGUUCAGAAAACUAGUGUGGAUUACAACUGGCUGAAGAGCCAGCAAAGUCCUCAGAUAACUAUCCCAGCUACUGAACAAAGGCAGCUCGAAGUCCUUUGCUCCCAAAUCCAACCGUGCCAAACUGGAAUCAUUCUCAGCAGAUUCCGUGAGGUUCUGGCAGAAAAUGACGUUUUACCUUGGGAAAUUGUGUACAUAUUCAAGCAAGUUUUAAAAGAGUUCCUAACCAAUCUGGAGAGAGAGGCUCAACAGGAGCAGCUGGCCGACGUUUGGAAUACAAAUUGCUCCAUGCACUUUGCAGCACCUGGCGACAACUCAGGCAAAACAGACAAAGAGGAGAUCCCGACUGUAUCUAGUUACGUUGACAAGAACACACAGGGCAUGUUUCCAACUUUCUCCCACAGAAUUUGGAAUCUUCCCUAUUACUACCCAUCAAGUUAA